UUAUCACUGCAGUACAUAGGAAAUAGUGAAGCAACAGCUACAUAGAAAAAAGACAAACCGGUCGAUCACAUUGUGUUCCGAGCAGUAAAAUCGACCAGUUGUGCUUUCCCUAUCUUUCUCAGAAAAGUUUUGAAGAUGGGUCAAAACCAGUCCGGGGGACCUGGCGGAGGCCAUGGUGACAAGAAAGAUGACAAGGAUAAAAAGAAGAAGUAUGAACCUCCUGUGCCAACGAGAGUUGGCAAAAGGCGGAGAAAGACCAAGGGCCCAGACUCGGCCAAUAAACUGCCCAAGGUAACCCCACACACUCGCUGUCGGUUGAAGCUCUUGAAGCUGGAACGCAUCAAGGACUACCUCUUGAUGGAAGAGGAGUUCAUCCGCAACCAGGAGCGCCUCAAGCCGCAAGAGGAGAAAGAUGAGGAAGAGCGUUCUAAGGUGGAUGACCUGAGGGGAACGCCCAUGUCAGUAGGUAGCCUAGAGGAGAUUAUUGACGAUAAUCACGCCAUCGUCUCUGCCUCGGUGGGCUCCGAGUAUUACGUCAGCAUCUUGUCAUUUGUCGACAAGGACCAGCUGGAGCCGGGAUGCACAGUUUUGCUGAAUCACAAGGUUCUUGCGAUUGUCGGCGUACUGAGUGAUGACACCGAUCCCAUGGUGUCUGUCAUGAAACUGGAGAAGGCUCCUCAAGAAUCCUAUGCUGACAUCGGUGGUCUAGAUCAACAAAUUCAGGAAAUUAAGGAAUCUGUUGAGCUGCCCCUGACCCAUCCAGAAUACUACGAAGAGAUGGGCAUCAAACCACCCAAGGGAGUCAUUCUGUAUGGUGCACCUGGAACUGGUAAGACUCUGCUGGCCAAGGCAGUAGCCAAUCAGACAUCGGCAACCUUCCUUCGAGUCGUCGGCUCCGAGCUGAUCCAAAAGUACCUUGGUGAUGGUCCCAAGCUGGUCAGGGAGUUAUUCAGGGUAGCUGAGGAGCACGCACCGUCCAUUGUUUUCAUUGAUGAAAUCGAUGCCAUCGGAACUAAAAGGUACGAGUCCAACUCUGGCGGUGAGCGUGAGAUCCAGCGUACUAUGCUUGAGCUUCUGAAUCAGUUGGAUGGGUUUGACUCGCGAGGGGACGUCAAGGUCAUCAUGGCUACAAACCGCAUAGAAACCCUGGACCCUGCUCUCAUCAGACCAGGUCGUAUCGAUCGGAAGAUUGAGUUUCCCCUGCCGGACGAGAAGACUAAACGUCGCAUCUUCAACAUCCACACCAGUCGAAUGACACUGUCCACUGAUGUCAAUCUAGACGAGUACAUCAUGGCUAAAGAUGACCUCUCUGGUGCUGACAUCAAGGCUAUCUGCACGGAAGCAGGACUGAUGGCCCUGAGAGAGAGACGCAUGAAAGUGACCAACGAAGACUUCCGCAAGUCUAAAGAGAAUGUCUUAUACCGCAAGAAUGAAGGCACACCAGAGGGGCUUUACCUAUAAUCUCAAAACUUCUCUAAUAACUCAAAGAUUAAUACAUGUAGUUUGGAUAUGCUAAAAUUUCAAUAGCAGUAAACAAGAGAACGUCUUUCCUUGAUAAGAUACUAGGGAAAGCCGUCUUUCCGAGGUACGAUAUCAGGGAAACAUGUCUAACAUUUUUUCAGUAUUCCAUCUUUUCAAGAUAGUUAUCAAGGAAACACAGAAAAUCAGUUGGUCACUUUAAGCUUCCGUAAAUUUGAGACACUGAGCAUUGUAGCUUUAUUCAAUGUUUCUGGGAUCUGGAGUCUAACCGACUAUAAUUUAGGGUUUAAUAGACAGACUUUUCUAGAGCAUUAUCACGUUAAAACAGUUUUGUGGUUUCCUUGUACGCCAUCUAACUCAUAUGAGGCCAACAUUCAUCCGCGGACAAAUACAACAAAAAAACAUCAACUUAAAAUUGAAAGGCAUUUACGGAAGAUGAAUUUUCAGUUUUUAGUAUGUAAAGUAAGAGUUAACACAUUCAUAUCAAAUUUAGGGUGAGGCUGUGAAAACUGAAAAUGUCAACUGAAGGAGGAAUUUGGCCAUUAAUUUUUACAAAGACAAUAAUCUGAUGGCUAUAGUCUUGUUUUCAUAUCUGGUGUUUGAUUGCUUUGAUAUCCCACAUGUAAAAAAAAGCUUUACAUGUCACAUUUUGUAAAACAAUACUGAAACCGCAUACAGGAAAGAUAUACAAACUUCUUUUUCUGUCCCUUUUAUUGUCAAUUGUUUAUAAUAUUACAUGCAGUGUUUUUUGUUAAUGGGAUAUUUCUGUUUCAAAUGUGUACAAGGUUUGUGCAAAUAAUAAAAUGUAAUUCAAUGUUCAAACACCAA